GUCACACGCUUUUCCAGGCGGCAUAAAAAAAUGAGGGUCCCUACAAUUUUGCUUCAACUCUCCAUGUUAUAUCAAACAAUUGAAUCCAUAACCAGAACCUAUUACAUUGCCGCUGUCGAGAAGGACUGGGAUUAUAUGGGCAAUAGCAUUUUUUCACCAGAAAACAGGUCGAGUAACCAUAGUUUCCCAGAACAAGUCAUUUACAGAAAGGUAGUAUAUGUGGAGUACACCGAUGCCUCUUUUACAAGACCAAAGACACAGCCGAAAUGGACUGGUAUUUUGGGUCCUACUAUACAUGCAGAAACAUUUGAUUCAGUGGUCAUUCAUUUUAAGAACCUUGCAAGUAUCCCAUGCAAUCUUCAUGGAGUGGGGGUAUCAUAUGGAAAAAACUCAGAAGGUGGAGGUUAUGAAGAUAGAACAAGCCUGUCAGAGAAGGGGGAUGAUGUGAUUGCUCCUGGAAGAAUGCAUACAUAUACAUGGGAAAUUCCAUACCACUAUGGACCAACAGAAUCUGACCCACCCUGUGUGACCUCUGCAUACUUUUUCCACAGUAACUCUACUUUUGACAGCAAUGUUGUUAUGGUGGGCCCUAUUGUCAUCUGUAAGCCUGGAUCUCUUUCUCAAAAUGGAUAUCAGUUUGGAGUACAGGAAAAAGUCCUUCUAUUUGCAGUGUUUGAUGAAAGAAACAGUCAUACUAAUGGAAAAGGAGGUGAAGAAUUACAUACAAUUAAUGGAUAUACAAAUGGGUCAUUGCCAGAGAUCACGUUGUGUCAUAAGAAACCACUUUCUCUUCAUGUAAUUGGAUUUGGAAGGCAAGAGAUUCAUAGCAUCUCACUUGAGGGUCACAGCUUUGUACAAGAAGGACAUCGUGUAACAAUGCUCCCUGUUACUGCUUUUACAUUCUUAACUGCAAAAGUUCAGCCUGGUGACAAAGGAAUAUACAACAUGUCCUGCAGGAAUCCCUCACACCCAGCAGGCACAAUGUCAGCUCAGUUCAAGGUAGAAGAUUGCAAUGAGGAACCCGUAAAACAGAUGCGGUUAUCAAAUGUUUAUAAUGAUGACGAAGAUGAAUAUUAUGAGUCUAACAUCUUGGAAAUGACAGAAGAUCUUUCACCUAUACAAGUACGAUCCCAUGGAAAAUACCGAUUUACCACAUGGACACAUUACAUUGCAGCUCUGGAGGUGCAGUGGCAUUAUAGCUCAGAUAAUAGAGCUAACAGUUCGCUUUACACAAAAGCUGUUUAUAGAGAGUUUACAGACUCACAAUUUCACCAUGUCAAGCCAAUGGAACUACUAGAAGGAGGAAUACUGGGACCAGUACUGAGGGGAGAAGUUGGCGACCAGAUUCAGAUUAUGUUCAAGAAUAUGGCUCGUCAUCCUUUUAACAUAUAUCCUGAAGGUCUAAGUAGUAUAACCUCUGAGAAGCCCUACCUCACAGGUAUGCAGUUGAAGAAAUAUCCUGUGUAUCCAAAUGAAUCUAUAACCUAUAUCUGGAAAGUAACCAAAAAUGAUGCCCCUGAAUCCUCUGAUUCAAGAUGCCUCACUCGAUACUAUUCCAGUUCUCUACAUCCACAAAGAGAUUUUGCUUCUGGACUUAUUGGACCUCUGUUGAUCUGUACAAAGCAGACACUAGACCAACGUGGUAGCCAGAUAGUUACAGACAAGGAGCACCUUCUUGUAUUCUCUGUAUUUGAUGAGUCUAUCAGUUGGUAUCAAGAGGAGAACUUCAAUCAGAUUAAUGGAAACACAUCUCAGAACAAAAUGUUACAUGUGAAGUCUACAAAACAAACUCUUGUGCACAAUGUAAAUGGCCUUCAGAGCUCAUUACAUAUCAACCUGUGCCUGAAUGAAGUGAGUCUAUGGCAUGUUUUAAAUCUUGGUAAGGAUACUGAAUUUCUGUCAAUACAAUUUGGAGGGAACACAUUUAUCAUUGAUUCAAGCUACCAGGAUACACUGACCCUUUUCCCACUUAGUGGAGAGACAAUAGUUAUGGUCCUGGAGAAGACAGGACACUGGAUUGUAGCGCCUUUGGAAGCCCCUUUGGCCCAGCUGGGAAUGACAGCAUCAUUUAGUGUCUCACGAUGUGGCCCUAUACAUGAUGAAAUAUAUCAGUAUGAUUAUAAAGACUUUAUGGAUGAUUUUCAGAAAAAUGCCUCAAUUCAUACACAAAGCAAGCUAAAGAGCCCAAUAGUUCCUAGGGCCAUGAAAAACAAUAUGGAUUUUCCUACAUCCGAAGAAUAUUCAAAAAACAUAUUUCAAGGUUCAGUUGUAGCCAGUGAUCGCUGGACCCAAGUUAAAUCCAACAAAGACAUUUCUACAACAACAUUUGCAGAAAAUAUGACAAACAAAGCAGAAAUUUCUGAUGAGAAAGCAAGAAAAGAUUUGGUACACAAUAAAAUGGUUAUUGAAUCUGUAAAUCAGGUGGAAAAAAUCCACACUAGAAGUGUAUAUUAUGAUGAAUACAUAAACAAAGGCCCAGAGGAUAUAAAUCUUUAUGAAGAAGACUGGGAUACAGAUCCUCGUAGUCAACAUGGAGAAUUGAGGACAUACUUCAUUGCCGCUGUGGAACUUAAAUGGGAUUAUGGCUUUGGAAAAUCUCCAUAUUUUCCUAAAGACAUACCCUAUGUUCCUCAUGGCUUUCCACUGUAUAAGAAAGUUGCAUUUCGAGAAUAUCUAGACAGCCGUUUUAUGGAACCAGCAACUCGUGGAGAAAGAGAUGCUCAUUUGGGACUGCUUGGACCCUACAUAAGAGCAGAAAUCAAUGAUGAAAUAAUAAUACACUUCAAGAACAUGGCUUCCCGUCCAUAUUCUUUUUAUACCAACAUUAUGACUGAGAAUGGGAAACUAGAUGAAGGUGUUCUCCCACAGCAAACUCAUACUUAUACAUGGAAGAUAAGUCCUCAGAUGGGUCCCAUGGCAUCUGAAGAUCAUUGUAAAGCAUGGAUUUACACCUCCAAUGUGCACCCAGAGAAGGAUUUCAAUUCUGGACUUCUUGGACCAUUUCUUGUUUGUCGUCCCCAAGUGUUGAGCCGAUCCUUUGAUCGCCAGCUCUCAGUUAAAGACUUGUCACUUUUCUUUAUGGAGAUUGAUGAAACCAGGAGUUGGUAUAUAAGGGACAACUUGCAACAUCACUGCCCAUUAACCUGCAUCCUCAAAAUGGAUACCCUUUGUUCACCUUCCUGCACGUUUCAGACAUCUCAUGUGGAAUUUAAAAAAAGACACAUCUUUCAUGCAAUUAAUGGACACAUUCAGGACACGUUACCAGGGCUGGUCCUUUCAGUCGAGGAGAAAAUACAGUGGCACCUUCUAAACGUGGGGAGACAUGAUAUCCUGGCAAUUCACUUUCAUGGAAAUGUACUCACAAAGCGGAACCACAAGGAGCGUCAUCUCAGCAUGCUGAACCUCUACCCUGGUGUGUCUGUAACCCUUGAGAUGGUCCCCCAUUCACUGGGCCUCUGGCGGGUGGAGUCUGAAGGAGAACAUGAAGACUUCGGAAUGAAGGCCCUUUACCUUGUAUAUGAUCCACGUUGUCGGCAACCACUUGGUUUUUCAUCUGGAAAAAUCAAGAACUCUCAGAUUUCUGCAUCAGGAUAUUAUGGAUCCUGGGUUCCUGCGUUUGCAAGAUUGGGUAACAGGGGAUCAAUAAAUGCCUGGAGCGUGGAGAGCGUGAAUUCUUGGAUUCAGGUGGACCUACACAUGCCUACUUUGAUUCAUGAAUUACACACACAAGGUGCUCGUCAACGUUUCCUCAAUCUGUACAUAUCCCAGUUUGUUGUGUUCUAUAGUUCAGAUGGAGAAUUUUGGAAACCAUAUCAAGGGAAUGCUAGAGGUAGCCAAAUGGUAUUUUUUGGGAAUGUAGAUUCUACAAGUGUCCGUAAGAAUUUAUUUGAUCCGCCAGUCAUUGCUCGCUUUCUUCGACUCCACCCUACACACACAGGUGCACGUGCUGCUCUACGUAUGGAGUUAUUUGGCUGUGACAUUACAAGCUGUUCUUUACCCCUUGGACUCCAGACAGGUGCGCUUACCCCUCAACAUUUUUCAGCAAGUUCCUAUUUUCGUUCUAUGUUUUCAUCAUGGCUUCCGAAUUUAGCAAGAUUAAAUCAACGUGGACGUGUUAAUGCUUGGAGACCACAGCUGGACAAAUCUGGUGAAUGGCUUCAAUUGGACAUCGGCCACAACAUGAAGGUGACUGGAGUAAUAACACAGGGUGCACGCUCUGCAUUUACUCCUAUGUUCAUUACCCACUUUUCACUUAGCUUCAGCAAAGAUGGUAAUUUCUGGGAGACUGUGCAAGGAUCAGAUGGGCGAAUGCAGAUUUUUGAAGGAAAUCUGGACCCUGACACACCAUUUUGGGCAACAUUGCAACCCCCUGUUGUGACACGUUUUCUGAGAUUGCAUCCUGUGAACUGGAAGGGAGGAAUUGCCUUAAGGAUGGAGGUUCUGGGUUGCAAGAUAUCCUGAUUGUGGAAUUCACAAAAGCACACUG